GUCUUGAGGGACAUCAGGCAUGUCCACUUCUGAUCUGGGCUUCGGGUCCUUGAAGGGACUGAGGGCUCAUUAGCUCCGAGGAUGGGAGGCAGGACCCCGUGUCUGCUUCCGGCUCUGUUCCUUCUCGUCAUCCCAGGCUCAUCUGCCGUCUCGGGUCCCAGAGCAGUGAGAGGUGUGGAGCAGGAAUCACUGACCGUGCGGUGUCGAUACGACCCGGGAUAUGAGUCCUACGUGAAGUGGUGGUGCCGGGGGGCCAACUGGGACAGCUGUCAGCUUGCCGUUAAAACCACUGGAUCAGAGAAGGAGGUGAAGAAGGGCCGCGUGUCCAUCAAGGACAACUGGAAAGACCGCUCAUUCAACGUGACCAUGGAGAAGCUCAGGCUAGGCGAUUCAGACACUUACUGGUGUGGGAUUGAGAGAGUCGGACCUGACCUGGGGAACCGAGUACAAGUGACCAUUGACCCAGAGUCGAUCUCCACGUCUGCCACCCUCAAUGCCAACAUGUUCACGGCACCUGUUGCCCCAGAAGGGCACCCGCCCCUGCUGGGCAGCGUCCACUUCCUGCUCCUGGUCUUCCUGAAGGUGCCCCUGCUCCUGGGCCUGCUGGGUGCCGUCCUCUGGGUCAACAGGCCUCUGAGGAGCUCUGGGGGGAAGCCCCAGGAAAACCAGCAGCCCCCAUGCUCUUCAACGUUGUCCAGAGAGAAAGACCCUCAAAGAGAAGAAAAAGGCAUUUUUUCAGGCAAUGUCGGUGGUCAGCAGUGACUGUGGUUCUCCAGGCAGCGUGGCUCCCCCGCCUCAAGAAUCGGUCCCCUAGCCCCUGGAAACCUGCUGCUGUGAUGCUCGGGCCUGGAUCCAGUUUCGCCCUUCCCUGCACAGCCUCUGACCUUCUUCGUCCUGAGGCCUCCAACACAGGAGAAACUAUAGGAAGGAAUGGAAGAGCAGAUGCCUUUUUUCUGGGCCCUGUUUCUUGGAGGACACACAUGAUCUCAAGUCUGUGCCACACACAAUGUAAUACACUUGUCUUUGCAUUGUAUGCGGGGCAGGGCUUCAGCCAAUUGGGCCUUUGAGAUUCUCUGUGUGUGUGCUGGAUUGUGUCUGACUCUUUGUGACCCCAUGGACUCUAGCCCACAAGGCUCCUCUGUCCAUGGGAUUCUCCAGACAAGAAUACUGCAGGGGGUUGCCAUUUCCUCCUCCAGGGGAUCUUCCCGACCCAGUUGUUGAUCCUGUGUCUCCUGCAUCUCCUGUAUUUGCAGGUGGACCACUGAGCCACCUGGGAAAUUCUAGACCCCAGGAAAGUAGAAAAAUUUGCAAAAUGAUGAUAAUAUGCCAACUGCAUGUGAAGAUAUGAAGCUGUAAGUGGACAGAGGGACUUUGCUGGUGGUUCAGUGGGUGAGAAUCCACCUUGCAAUGCAGGGGCUGUGGGUUUGAUCCCUGGUUGGGGAACCAAGACCGUGCAGUGCAAUGAAAGAUUCUGCAUGACUCAAGGAAGAUCCCGGGGGCGAUGCAGCCAGAUAAAGAAAGUAUUUUCUUAAAAAGUGGCAGAA